GUUGACAACUGUGAUUUGACCGGCUUAGCGGACAUAGGUGCUGAUGAGAGAUUUUCUUGAAGCAUUGCGCUACUACAUUCAGGCACCGGGUCACAAUGCAUGCGGUGCGUUGCAUCACAACACCCAUAUUUUUCGCAGCGUUGAUCUAAACUUAGUCGUGGACCCAAUAUUGCCGUGUGCUGCAGUACCGGUAUCGUGUUCCAUGGUUCUUCGGAGGAGACAAAAUUAGAAUAUGGUAGCUGCGCGCGUGCAUAGCUUCAAGCCUCAAGUAGUCUAUCGUCCCUUUACGCGCCGGAGGUCUCAAACGCGGGGAUCGCAAAGGUCGAUGGAUGUUGAGGAAGCGAUUCACGCCGGUCACGAUGCGUGUGCGGAUGCUGUCGAGCGUGUUGCUAUUGCCUGCGCACGCCCAGACAAAGCGCUCACUAGCGCGGCUUAUGUCACCAUGCGCUGUAUUGGGCCGCCCUGUUCUUAUUCCCAACAUCACAUAUCAACGCACCCAAAUAUCCCUGAACCGUGUAAGCGACAAUCUCCAAAGACCAAGAGUUGCACUGGAAAAGUUCGAUUAGCUCCUACAGGCUCUACGCUGCAUGGUAUAUGGUGUGGAUUGUACCAUCCCCAGACAGGCUCCCGGUGGGAUUUGCGGCUCUUUAAAGGAAGCUACGCACGAAGCUGCCGAUUGGUAACAAGAGAUCCGAAAAGAACAGAAGUCAGCAGCCAUGCGCGUUGUCAUGGCUCCCCCAACGCCGGUACUGUGGUGACAGGCAAAUACGCUCGAGCAGAAAUUCGUUACGACAUGUCCGUCCGCUGAGCCUCGGCGAGUAUCACCGUUGCUCGAAAGCUCCAGGAAUGUAUAUUAGAUGCGGCUCCAGAGAGUCAGGCCAGCUGCUCUGUGGUCCAUUCCCGGACUACAGAUCCGAUGGCGACCAAGGAGCGAUUCAAUGACUGCGUCGUAUCCUCUGGGUGAUGGGAAUGGGCGCGUUGACGAAGACAUCGUGCUCGCCGGAUA